AUACUUUUUGCCCGUAGAUCUGGAAUCUAUUGCACAAAUGUCGUCUAAUGAUCGCUACAUGAUGGAAGCAUAUGAGGAAACAAGACUCCAAAAACUGAAAAGAAAGUGUAGAGAAGAACCCUUUGUACCAGCAGGUGUCGCAUUGACUUGCUUUGCUCUUGGAGCAGCUACUUAUGGUAUGAAGAAGGGUAAAAGAAGCUAUGCUAACAAUAUGUUGAGAGUACGAGUGGCCGCACAAGGAUUUACAAUUGCAGCUAUGAUUGUGGGAUCGUUUGUGUACUCCCAGAAUACCAAAACAUCUGCUCGCGAAGGCACUGACAGUGCUCCGUCAAAGCAACAAUAGCCAGCAUAUAGUGCUGUAACAAUUAUAUCACCCUCGACUCACUUCCCUCGGACAUUGUAGUAUAAC